CGACUUCAAGACACGCUUCCGAACAGACGGACUACGCGCAUUUCUUCGGUUCGACCCAUUAGCACAUGGUCGUCGUCGGUCUCCGUCAUGGGUUGUUGUCGUUGAUGAAAUUCAAACAAAGUCGUGAAAUCUUUUCUUUUACGCGUUUUUUGUUUUUGUUUACCCAUCCGCUUAGUGUGUGGUGCUGUGCGCUGCGCACGCCUGCGCCUGAGAGAGAGCGCAAAGCCUUUGGAGAAUCGCGCGCACGAAAUUCCCAACCCCAAGGUCGUUCUGUUUUGGGUUCAGCUGAUGAGUGUUAUCCAAUCCAAGCGAUCGAUGGUGCUUAACUUGCUUAAGAGUCACGGUGCUUCCAAUAAUUAAACAAAACUGUGCAAAGCGCUUCGGAAGAGAACGAUCAAGAAUCGCGUGUAGUUCAAAAGUAGAACCGAAAAUUUGAAAGUGCAUUAUUAAAAUGAGGCAUCGAAAUAUGAACGUGAAUGAACUGGUCAGGUUAUAAAUCGACAGACUAUUUAGACAAUUACCGGAAACCUGCUGGAGAGGCUCAAGGUGCUUGUGUUCCGCCUUUUUCACGCAACAUAAAGUUCAACGACGUUUCUAGACACGAUUGUUUUGGGGUGGAUCCAUCUUUAAGACUAACGAUUCGAGAUGGCGAUAAAAAAGCCUGGACCGGAUAAAUCAUUUAUCGAAAGUAAUGUCGUUCCGGCUGGUUAUUCGCCGUUAUGGAGACAGGUGUUGGCGUCUACCGGUCCGAUUAUAUCGAGUGCCGCUGCCGGAAUGACCAAUGGAUUUUCGGCUAUUUUGCUACCGCAGCUUCAGAGACCAGACAGUGCCAUUCAGAUUACUAAGGAUCAGUCCUCUUGGAUAGCGUCGAUGGCUCCACUUCCUAUGGCAGCCGGAUGUCUUCUAGGAGGUUUCCUGAUGGAGAAGUUUGGCCGAAAAGUGACGCACUUGAUCCUGAAUAUCACGUUUGCAGUUGGAUUUUGCGUCCUAUCGGUGGCGCUGACUUAUGAUAUGAUUUUGGUCGGAAGAUUUAUUACCGGAUUCAGUUGUGGCCUGGUUGGUCCCCCGGCUUCUGUUUACAUUGCUGAAACGACCCAUCCGAAGUAUCGAGGCAUUCUACUGGCAGGCGUGACCUUUGCAGUUUCUUUUGGUAUAUUCAUAUCUCACUUGUUUGGAACAUUCUUCCACUGGAAGAUGGCAGCACUGCUUUGUUCAUUAUUCAUGGCAGUGAGUUAUAUUUUUGUUGUGCUAUGUCCAGAGAGCCCAUCGUGGUUGCUAUCGAAAGGACAAGGACGAGAAGCCGAGGCUGCCUUCCGAUGGUUACGAGGCAACGACUCAGAAUCGUUGAAAGAGUUCGAAGAUAUGGCUGCCAAAUAUGCUGGCUCCAAUUCCUCAGGACAAUCGAGCCAGCCUUCAACGCUUGACAACAUUAGAAAGCGAGAGUUCCUGCAACCUCUUCUCACUCUUCUGGUAUUUUUCUUUACGAUGCAAUUCUCCGGUGUAAACAUCGUUGCCUUCUACUCGAUCUCUCUCAUGAAAACCACCAUCGGUAGCAACAUCAACGAAUACCUUGCGAUGCUUAUCGUCGAUAUGGUCCGGGUCAUAACAUCCCUCGUAGCCUGUGUACUACUCCGGAUGUUCGGCAGACGUUUCUUGGCCAUGUUAAGCGGCACCGGAACUACUGUGAGCCUCAUCGGCCUAUCCAUAUUCCUUUACUUCCAAACCAGCAUCCCCGUUUAUCAGAAUCUUUCCUGGAUGUCUCUCAUAUUCCUCAUUAGCUACAUCAUUUUCAUCGGCAUCGGCCUGUUCCCCCUUCCAUGGUGCAUGAGUGGAGAAGUUUUUCCCAUCGCCACCCGUGGCAUCGGAUCAGGUCUCACCUCAUCCUUCAACUUCAUCUGUUUCUUCAUCGUCAUCAAAACUGGUCCAUCCCUCUUCGAUGCCAUCGGAACAAACGGCACCUUCAUGUUCUACGGCAUCAUUUCCCUCCUGGGAACACUUCUCCUCUACAUGAUCCUACCGGAAACGAAAAACAGAACCCUCCAAGAAAUCGAGGAAGCGUUCCGAUCCGGCUGGCGGCCUGCAGCAAAAGGGCACCAGAAGGUGAUGUCCAUUCAGUGUAUCUUGCCACCGGGAGCGGAGCAGAAAAAACCUAGCGGCUAUGGGAGCAUGAUGGCCUAACUUAAUCGAAAUUAGUUCAUUUGUUCGUGAUAUCUGGAGUAGUUGAAAUUUAACUACGUUCAUUUUAAAAUUAAGUAAGAGACUGUGCUAUUGUCAUUUGUGUUCAUAUCGGAUUACAUUAUUCAAAAUCAGCAUUUUUUAUAAUAUUAGUUAGGUGUAAGGUUUACCAUUUUUUCAAAAAAUAUGUAUUCUCAUUUGUGUUAACUAUUAAUAAACAUAAAAUGAUACCAAUUGAGGCGCAAGUACGGAAAGUCACUAGAUAGACAUUAGGUAAAAUAAGUUCAAUGAAAAAAAAAUAGAAGUUCGAUCAAAAAUUAAUAUGUUAUCAGAGCAAUGAAUUAUGUUAUUUUUACUG